AUGCCAUCCGAUGGCUUCGUCAAAACUGCCAAAAAGGUCUGUGUUUGUGUUGUCCCUAAAUCUGUUGUCCGAGUUCAAAAUAACACGAGACGGACAGGAUUCAGACUGACUCAAUUAGUGAUCCCCGCACUUCCUCCCCGAAAGCUCAAAUUUGAGAGCUCGGGAAGAGGAGUCUGGAGCCGUUUUCUGCUGAAUUCAAUCAAUGUCGUUGCAGGCACUCAUCUCGCACUCCGUUUCCAUUCAGAACUACACCGAAGAUGACUGUCAGAUCGCCUUUCACGCCACAACGAACUCUUUUAUGCAGGUGCCAACUCGAUGGAUACUCUACUUUUCAUGCUUUCAUUUUUUUCAGACUAUCCGUCUCGUACACAUCUUCUUCUGUACGAUGGGAGCCAUUUCCUCAUCACUAUUCAUCUUCGUUCUUCUGAAUUCCUCUUCAAAACACUUACACCGUAACCUCAGAAUAUCGCUGGCUUCUCUCGCAUUCGCAGCACUCAUUGCGUGUCUCCAACUGGAUUUCAUCGCUUUUUAUCAGUUACUUUAUAAAAAACAAAGAAAUUUGUCAAUAAUUUACUUCAUUUUCAGUCUCGCACUCACGCUGACUGCUGACAAUGCGUGCGAUUCGAUGUACGAAGCCCAAAAGUGCGCUCUUCUCCGUUUUCCCGUCGUGCUCUCCAUCUAUUCCACUCUCUGCGGAAUCAUUGUUCUCGCCAUCGAACGAACGAUUGCCACGUUGAAAUACAAAACUUAUGAGGUCAGUUCAUUUCAAACUAUUCCAUUCCAUCAUACUUUCAGGCCAAUGGAUCUCGGCUCGUUGGUCUCGUCCUAGUGACCGUGCAAUGGAUCAUCUGCUUCACCGUCGCCAUAUUCUCGGUCCUUCUCCGCUCGGAUCCCGGAUACGUGCAUUACUGUACUGCAUAUGUUUCCCAUCCGAGAACAGCCGUCUUCUCGCUCUGCUUCAUGUCUACACUCGAAAUUGUCACUCUCAUAUAUUUUGUUUGUGAGUGAAAGUUGCAUGGGGCAUUGAAAAUGCAGCUCUUUCAGUACUGCUUCAAUCAAAUCAGAGGAGACAGGUCAACGAGUUUGUGAACAAGGCAAUGCAUUCGCUCUCUGAGAGGUACCAGCUACAGGUACCUUUUCGAUGUUGGAACUAGCACAAAACGGUAAAAUUUCAGGAAAAUGUGCGGAUAAUGCGUAUUCUGAUUCCUUCAAUCACCGUUCACGCAGUCCUCGGAUUCAUCGGCCUCGGUUCCAUGUUAGCCUUUGCAAUUAUAUACAGGCAAGUGCCACGUUCCCUCCCCGUUCAUUUUAAACUUUCAGAUCUGCCGAUGAACGACUCAUCGUCGGAUUCGCGCCGUUUUCAGAAGUCGUCCUCUUGGUGAUUCCUGUUUACGCGGUUGUGUUCCCAAUUGUUGCAGUCUUUCGGAACAAACAACUUCGACUGGCAACAAAGUAAUUCAAUCGAAUGAGUUCAUAAGACUUCACUCAGUUUCAGACGAGCGCUGCCGUUCCUUUUCAACCCGGAAUCGCCAGAGACAAGCGAGAUGCUGCCGGACCCUCCGGCUUCCCAUACAAUAAUCGCGAGUCGACCCAGUCGUCAGUUGGAGAAGGAGUCGGAUACUCACUUCGAUUUGCUCAAUGAAAUGUGGAAAAAAUAA